AUGGUGCUCAAAAGCUUGAUUCGUCGUUUUUCUUCUUCUCCUUCUUCAUUCACAAAACCAGGUAAAGUAACUACAACCAUACCACAAGAUUUAGUACUUAAAGUAACCCAGCUUGAGAAAUUCCUCCAAAAUGAUUGUAAAGAAGGUAAUGUCACUCUUGAUGAAGCACGAUAUUUCUUUGAAUACAUGAUUCAUUUGCAACCAAAACCAUCAAUUUCAUCUUUCAACCAGUUGCUUGGAGCACUGGCUAAGAAAAAGUUUUAUGAAGAUGUUAUUUUGCUUUACAAGCGAGUGGGUUCGAUGGGGUUGUUGCCCGAUCUUUAUACUUUGAAUAUUUUGAUCAAUUGCUUUUGUAAUGUGGGUCGAGUUUGUGAUGGUUUUGUUGUUUUUGGGAGGAUUUUGAAGCGGGGUUUUAACCCAAAUGCUGUGACUUUGACUUCUUUGAUUAAAGGUUUGUGUUUAGAGAAUAGGAGUAUGGAGGCUGUGGAGUUGUUCAUGAAAAUGGCUGUGUUUGGGGUUAGGCCUAACGUGAUAACGUAUGGGACUUUGAUUAACGGUUUAUGUCGAACAGGGAAAACGAGUAUUGCGCUUAGGAUACACGAAAAGAUGGUGGAUCAAGGUUUGCAGCCUAAUCCUGAUGUGAUGACUUAUAAUACAAUGAUAAGUGGGCUUUGCAAGGAGGGGAAGAUGGAAGAAGCUAAUGGAUUUAAUGAUGCAAAGGAGCUGCUAAUCUCUAUGGAGAGUAAGGGUUGUAAGCCUUAUGGUUUUGUUGUUUUUGGGCUGAUUUUGAGGCGGGGUUUAAGACCAGAUGUUGUGACUUUCACUUCUUUGAUUAAAGUUUUGUGUUUAGAGAAAAGGAGUUUGGAGGCUAUGGAGUUGUUCAAGAAAAUGGCUGUGUUUGGGGUCAGGCCUAACGCGAUUACAUAUUGGACAUUGAUUAAGGGGUUGUGUCAGACAGGGAACACUAGUGUUGCGCUUAGAUUGCAUGAAGAAAUGGUUGCUGGUAAUGGUGAAGGGGGUGUUAUCUGUAAGCCUGAUAUUGUUUCUUAUGGUAGUAUUAUAGAUGGUCUUUGCAAAGAUGGGUUGGUUGAUAAGGCAAAAGAAUUGUUUUUGGAAAUGAAGGGGAAGAGAAUUAAGCCAGAUGUAGUUGUUUUUAACUCUCUAAUUUAUGGUUGGUGUUUUGUGGGAAAUUUGGAGGAGGCUAAAGGCUUGUUUGUUGAGAUGGCAGAUCAAGAAUGGCAGUGUUCUGGAAGUAGCAAAAUUGUUUUUUACUCGGAGAACUACAAGUUUAAAAUUGACAGCCUCAUUGAUGGGUUGUGUAAAAAUGGAAUGAUUGAAAUUGCUUUGGAUAUAUUUCACAAAUUGCCUCAAAAAGGCCUGCCAGAUGUUGUGACAUAUUCAAUCUUCAUCCAUGGGUUUUGUGAAGAAGGGAAGCUACAAAAGACAUGA